AUGGCUGCGUUGUUACCACCGAAGACCAGAAUUGAAGCGAUUACAGUCCGGCGAUUGACGGCGCCGAUCGCCUCGCCCCAUGCGCGGGUGGUGGAGCGCUUUCGGGCGUUGGUUCCACCCGUUAAUCUGGGGGACCUGCGGGCGCAAAGCGGCCCAGCGGGCAUCGCCCAGGUCAUACAGAACACCCACACGACCACCGGCUUCGUACUCUUCGCGGAAUUCAAUCAUGGCGCCUGGAUCCGUCAUUUCCCUCCAUUUACCAAUCCUGGAAACCCCGGGAACACCGGGAAUGUGCCCGACGCGGUCCAGGUCGGCCAUGGUGCGCAUCGCUUCAUCUUUGGGAAUCCGCUGUACGCCAUUACUAUGAUCCAGGAAAGCGUGGAAGCCGCGCUCCAUGUUCCUCUUGACGGGGGAUUCUUCGAACAGCCCGACGGAACCACUAAAAUGGUCAUCCUGCUGCCCGAAGGGCUAGUUGCAGGGCCUGAGGAAAUGGCGGGAAAUGAGGCCCUUCGCCUAGCAGCGCGCGAGUUGGAAGCCAAGGUGUUCAAAUUAAUUGAAGCCAUCUCGGAGUGA